GGUGAAAGUUUUUUAUUCUUUUUCACCUUUAUUUCUUUUUUCGUCCUUCAAAAUCUUUUUCCCCCUAAAAUCCCACUUCCAAACAGGGCCUUAAGGUGACAGCUAGAAGAAGCCCAUUGAGGAGAGGAAAAAGAAGGAAAAUGCUCACUUCCAUUAUGCUAGGGCACUUUUCCAGGUCGUCAUUGCUCUCCUCAUUGAUCAGAAGCUGAGAAAGAAAUGGCAGAGACGUUCAUGAAUCCUCUCAUUGAAAAGUUGGUUGGCCUACUUGCUGAAGAAAUAUAUUUGGUAAGAGGAGUCCGCAAAGAAGUCAAAAGUCUGAAAGAUGAAUUGGAGAUCAUCCAACCUUUCCUUAGAGAUGCAGAGGCGAAAUCGGAGAAGGGAGAAGUGAACGAUGCUGCGAAAGUAUGGUUGAAGCAAAUAAGAAAGCAAGCAUAUCGCAUUAAAGAUGUGGUCGAUGAGUACCUUUAUCAUGUUGAACAACAUCGCCAUGAUGGUGGGUUUAUCGGCUCUUUACGCAAAGGUGGUCACUACAUCAAAACUUUGAAACUGCGCUGUGACAUAGCUUCAGAUAUCAAAGAAAUUAAAGAGUCAUUGCGUGAAAUCAAGGACAGAGGUGUCAGCUAUGGUUUAAGACCUCUGGAACAAGGAUCAAGUAGCAGCACAACUAAUAAUGAAGCACGCGACCCUCGCCUCGGAUCCCUUUUCCUGGAGGAAGAUGAAAUUGUUUGUAUUGAUGGAGCAUCCAAGGAACUAAUAAGAAGGUUAACUGAAGGACCAUCCACGCGCACACUGACUUCGUUGGUAGGUCAAGGUGGAAUUGGCAAGACAACUCUGGCUAGGAAGGUCUACAACGAUGAAGUUGUGAAAGCUCACUUUGAUUGUUGUUCAUGGAUCACGGUAUCUCAGUCAUACGAUAUGCAGAAGCUUUUGAGGAUCCUAGCAAGGCAGAUAUGCACUGCAGGGGAGCGAAUUGAGGAAGAUUGUUCAGAGGAAGAGUUAAUUUGUCUAUUGAGGCAGCAUCUGCAAACAAAGAGGUACAUGAUUGUUUUUGAUGAUGUAUGGCAGAAAGAUUUUUGGAAAGAUAUGAAACAUGCUGUGCCAAAUAAAGAUAAAGGCAGUAGGAUAAUUAUCACAACACGUAAUUUCACCGUGGCUAGUUUUUGUUGUGAAAACCCUCGUGAUCUUGUCCAUGAGGUACAAACUUGGUCCUCAGAAAUGGCUUGGCAAUUAUUUUGCAAGAAGGCAUUUCGAAGUGAUGAGUUUGCAGGGCGUUGUCCCCAAGAGUUGGAGCAAUUGUCUCGUGAGAUUGUUAGCAAAUGCCUAGGCUUGCCACUUGUCAUUUCGACCAUAGCUGGUCUUUUGUCAACCAAAGAAAGAGUCGAUUCUGAAUGGAGAAAAGUGCUUAACAAUAUUAGUUCAGAGUAUGAAAGAACUGAUAUUACGAAAAUUCUCUCCCUAAGUUAUCUAGAUCUACCUUACCACCUUAAGACUUGCUUCUUAUAUUUUAGCAUCUUUGGUGAAGACCAUAAGAUUUCUGAAAGUACAUUGUAUAAACUAUGGUCUGCUGAAGGUUUUGUUAAAGCAAGAAGAAACAAAACAAUGGAAGACGUAGCCGAAGAAUACUUAAAUGAGCUCAUCCAAAGAAACUUGGUUUUGUUUGAAAUAGAAUUUGGUGUUGAAAGAGUAUGUAAAGUCCAUGAUCUGAUGCACGAUAUCAUCUUAACUAGAGCAGGUGAAUUGUGCUUUUCACAAACUAUGAAUAAAAGUAACCUCAAUCUUGAAGAAAACAGUUACCGCCUCUCAAUUCAUGAUACUACAGAAAAUGUCUUGGAAAGAGUUAUGGAUUCCAGCAUUCGGUCUAUUUUUCUGUUUGACGUCAAGGAAUGUACAAGGUCGUUCAUGAUUAAUUUAGUUGAAAGUUUUAAACUUUUGGAAGUGUUAGAUUUUGAUAAGGUGCCUCUUGAUGAUCUCCCAAAAGAAGUGGGGAAGUUGUUCCACUUGAAAUACUUGUGUUUAUCAGGUACAAGGGUGAAAGUUCUUCCCAAAUCUAUUGGUAAGCUGCACAAUCUACAGACAUUGGAUGCUAGGAACACCUUAGUGACGGCGCUACCGAUCGAGAUUACUAAACUAAGGAAUUUGCGACACCUUCGCAUUUAUUCAAUUGCUAAGAAUAGCCAUUCAGGUUUGAAUACAUAUUGCGGUGUGAGGAUACAUGAAGGAAUUGGAAUGUUGGAGGAGUUGCAAACACUAGAGAAGGUGGAAGCAUAUCCUGAUGGAGUUGGUUUUGUCAAAGAGCUGCAGAAGCUUAGGAAAUUAAAACGUUUGGAUAUUUUAAAGGUGACAGCAGAAAUGUGA